GGUUCCUCUUCUCGUCGUUGCCUGGGCUCCAAACCCUAACCUUGUUCUAGAAACCCCUUUUUCAGGUGUUACUUCUCUCGAUUCGGUGGUCGUGGAUGUCGACGCUCGGGACGGGAUCGAGGAUGUAACGCCGCCGAUGGACCUUUCGCCUCCGCAAGUCGAAGAUGAACGAUAAAGAACACCUCCCCGGAUCCGACGAGCCCGCCGGGUCGCCGUUUCAGUUUCUUCAACCCAACCGCAACCUCCAAACUAACUGGGAGGUCGACCUCGCCAAAAAGCUCGAGGAGUACCUCUUGAAAAUCUGUUCCGGCGAGGUUUCCACCGACCAGGACCACGAGCUCCACUCCGUGAAUUUUGCCGAAGCUGCACUGCUUCUCCAAGGUUCAGCUCAGAUUUAUAGCCGGAAGGUGGAGUAUCUUUAUUCUCUGGUGUUACAUGUGCUGGAGUUUCUCUCUCAAAAGAGGCAACUUCAAAAUGAAAAAGAUUCCAAUCAACCUGAUGGAAGCAAAUUCAAUAAUGUUCUUAAUGAAGAGAAUGAAUCAUUUUUGGAGUUAGAUGACGUUCCAGUUGAAGCAAAAAUUUCUUUGGUUGGUGUACUUGAUAAAAAUGAAUCUUCAAAGCUGUGUGCAAAGCCUCCUGCCAAUUUGCUUGUGCUAGAAGGAGACUGUUUAGAUUCUAGUGGUGAUGGUAGUGAACUAGAAUCGUACUUGUUAGCAACCUGUGCUUUUUAUGGGGACUUUCUUUUGCUAGAUCCUUCUGACGCUAGAGCCGUUUACGAUUUUUCGAGAGCAAGUAAAGGUGAUGACAAUGAUAUUGUUACACAUACUGGUACUCCAGCGAGGUCCAAAACUGCCCGCAAUUCUUUUAAUUCGCCAACUAUAAGAUCUUUGGGAGCUGCUUGUAAGUCAAAUUUUGGAAAGAAUCAAGGCAGCGAACUAAAUAAAAUUUCAGAGAAUAAUUGUGCCUUUGAGAUCAACAAUGAUACCCAGAUACCUACAUUCCACAUUGGCAUUGAUAAUUAUUCUGAUCAUGACAAUUGUCAAGUAGAUGAACCCAAUUUUGGGUGUUCAACUCCUAGGGAUGAAUCUGAUGGUGAUGAUGAUGAUCCGUGGAAACCAUUGAAUCCACAUGAGCUGGGAAAUUUGAAAGUGAAACCAAAUAAAAGAAUCAAGGAGUUUGGAAGGCAAAUUAUUCACUACAAAAGGCAGUGCACUCAAGCACCUCAAUUUCCUAUUGUGAAACCUGAUGCUAUUGUUGAUUCAGAGCUUCCAGUCUCAUUUGAAUCACAAAAAAAUUUACAAGAAUCUCAGUCACUUCCUAUCUUCGAGAAGCUAAGAAGAACUCUCAUCUCUGCAGAAUGGGGCAAAAAUGAUGGAUUUUGCAAUUUUGUUAAUGAUCAUGAUGAUAAUGGGUUUGGCUCUCCUGAUUUUAGUCAGGAUGAGAUUGAUCUACCAAACACAAUUUUUGAUGAAGAGGAUGUGCCUCUCUGCAACAUGAAAGGUGAUCCUGUUGUGUCUGAGUGUCCUGAAGCUUUUCAACAUGAUAAUCAUGAUUCUCAUGCAAGCCUUGAAGAUUUGUGUCGCAGUCAUCUGGAUGCCUUGUUGGCUAAUAUAGCAGAAACACAAACGCAAACAGAGUUGGCAGCAAGGGUAUCCACAUGGAAGCAACGAAUUGAACACACAUUAGAAGAGGAAGAGACACGACCUCCUUUUGACAUCCAUUUGUACGGUGAGAGAAUUAUGGACAAAGCUUUCUCGAAAGCAGACGCUGAUGGGUGCAUUUCCUUCUCAAACAUUGUGAACGGCCAACCCAAACAUGAAAUUGCUAGGACAUUUUCUGCCCUUCUCCAACUGGUCAAUAAUGGGAAUGUUGACCUUCAGAAGGCUCCAGCUUGUGAAGAGUUUAUAUGUCAUACAGCUGCAAAUCCUUUCUAUGUCAGGCUCUGUGGCAAGUAUACCAGGAGGGGAGAAUCCGUGACCCGUUCAGCUAGGAAGAGGGUGAAAUCACCUUUUAGAAAAGGAUUCCGAAAAGUCUGUUCCACUUCCCAGGCUGACUCACCUUUGGAAUCAUCAGUUCAAAAUGGCAAGUUCUCGAUUGAGCAGCUUGCUAAGGGCAGCAUCAUCAGGCUCACUCCCGAUGGUAAAAGGCGAAGAAGGUCCGCUCGUCUUGUUGAGUCACUAGAUUUACAGUCAUCUGGAGGAUGACACGGGUGAUGAAUACCUAGUGUAUGUACAGUAGCACCACCGUCAUGCCAGUUGGAAGGCAUGUAAAUUACUAAUUUAAUCUAUGAUUAUUGUAUAUCUCUAAUUUACACAGCCCCAUGUUGUUAUCUUUUUUUUUUUUUUUAUAUGUAGCAGUCUUUUUAAUUUGAAGAAUAAGAUUUUAGUCAA